GAAAGCCUCAUCAGGGAUUAACAGUGGGGAUUCUCCUGUGUCUCUGUCCAUGAAAGGGUUAGACAUAAGAACACUGACACGUGUGGGCUGAUGCGCAAGCUCUUUCUCUUACAAUCGUGCACACACACACGCACACGCCUGCAUUCCCGACUAUAUAAGAGUCACAUACUCCUACAUUUAGUGGCAUAUAAAGAUUUCGGUGUGUUUGACCCAGUGAAGCUUGCGAUGAAGGUUAAUCUGUGGUGUGGUGGUGGUGACCCUGGCAGUUACUUGCCUCAGUGAGCUGUUGUAUAGCUUAUGGUAAAUGUGUACAAUCACGAUAUUAUUAAUGCAAUUGAAGGAUUUGCUUUAAAUUCUGAAUUUGACUCUGCACUUCUGUCAGAAUACAGAACAUUGUUUUCCUGCCCCUUUCAGUAUCACUGAGCAGUUUGUAACUGUCCGUGAACUUUUACAAAAAAGUUUUUUAGUAAACAUGGUCUCACAUAAACACACUUAUAAGCGGUGGCCAUUUAUGUCUUCCACCUUAGCAGAGUCCAUAUGUAUUUUCCUCUUUGGUGCGUGGAUCAUGUCACUGGACAUUGGACAAGUGCCUGUUUAUGUGUGCCAUUGACAUGCCCUGUACAUUAGGUCCCCUGAAGGUCCAUAUCCACUGUCCUUUCUUGGGACGCCCCUGCAACCUAUUCUUGGAUGAAACCUCCAACUUGUGUCAGGUUAAACUUGACUCGUCCAGCGCUUGAGUUUCUUGGCAGAACUUCCAUGGCACUAGCAACAUUGGUCCAUUUUUGUCACAUGUAACUUCAAACUUUGCCAGACAAUAUAUAGCCUCUGCCGAGAAAUACAACUGAUCUUUUCUGGGUGGCACGUGGUUAGUAGGUGUGGCUCCUGGAACGUGUUACAGCAUAUGUGUUUUUAAUGGACUCUUGUUUUUUGUUUGUUUUCCCUUAUAUUGUUUAGCACAUUAUCUGCCACCUGAAAAAGUAGCUAGAUUGUUGGAGUAUUUAAUAAGCAUUAACCCAAGAUACAGGCUCUGGAGGGUUAAACAAUUGAGUGCUGGGCAAAUUAGUUAUUAAAGUUAUGGAGGUUUUCUUUUCACUUGGGAAAUCAUACUUUUUGUUCAUAAUUCUUUUUAAGGUUAGAUUUUUUUUUCAUUGCGGUCUUAACCUGGAUGCCGGUUCCCUAUUUCAGGCUGUUACCAAGUGAGACAUCGAAAAUUAACGAGUCCCCUGCUGACAGUGUUGGGAAGUAUAUGUUUGGGAAAACUUGACCUUUUGCUGAACUGUCCACCUGUUUGCUAACUUAAGUUCAUGUUCUGCAUGUUGUCAUUCCACAUCUGGUCUACCAGUAAAGAAUGAGUUGGUGGGGAAAUAACAGUUUAGUUGUCUAUUUUUGAUAUUUUGGGGACGAGGGCUCAAAGCACCACCAUGUAACCUUAUAUAGUUGUAAACAGAAGGGGUUCCGGCAGAGAACAGUGAGCUAUGCUAUAUAUUUGGACUUUCUGCCUGUAGAUAAGGAGGCUGAAAAUACAGCAGAGAAAAGCAUAUGAUUUGCCCUCAAUAAACCCCGAUGCAUGGUCUGCUUUUAGGGGGAAAUCAUUUUUGUCUCCUUGCAUAGAUGUGGGCGAACGGAGAGAUAUCUAGCUCCACCGUGUUCACUUUAAAAAAAAAAAUCAGUUUUUGCAGAGCUGAAACACAACCCCGGCAACCUCCCCGCAGUGUAAUUGUAAUUCGCUGCUGUGUUACCCCGCCGUUCCUUUUGCGCUCGCUAGCUUCUUCAGUGGAGUUCGACUACCGUAUCUUCCCACUGCAUCAUGUUUACCUAGCAACACGCAUCACCCGCUGCCGGCCCUCCCAUUGGUCAUUUCAAAACGCACCCGGGACCAAUGGCAGGGCUGUUACCAUGGUACAGUGUGUAGUUGCCGGGUGGAAUUUUGCUGCAAGGCACGUGAGUCCCGGAAUCUUCGCCUUGCGUUUUUAAUCUCGGGUGUCUGGGAGCUUUGCAAACGUGAUUUAUUGGAACCGAGUCACAUUCCCUCUCGAGAGUCAGUUCACAUAUACAUUUAAACAUUUAUCUGUACAUUUGUAUGUAUAAAAUCUAAAUCGUGCAAAGACAUGAGAGCUGCAAUACCUCUGUAAAAGGGAUGCGCGCUGUAGUUUGGCUUUGAAAGAGAGUGAGAACUUUAAAAUGUUAAACCUAAUAGUUCAACAAAGUUAAUUUGAUUUAAAUAAAAUUAACCUAAUUAUUUCGAAUUCAGUGCGUGAGCCAGUGCUUUUCUUCAUGUACGAGCCUUUAAACGCAAUGAUUAUGGAUAUAAAACUCUUGAGUAAUUUAAGCAAGAUUUGUGAAAUUAUGUAGUGUCUUUAGAGGUCAGAGGUGGGUGUGAUUUUAUAUAUCAGUUAAGUGUUACAUGAAUGUUUGUUUCCUAUGCUCAGCCUGAAGCCCAUGCACUGCGAAUCGGGUGUGACCAUCCCCCUCCUCACUAAACUUCUAUCAAUGUAGAAUGAACUUUGACCUAUAAAGCAGAAAUACGUAAUACUGGUUCAGUGUGUAUCAUUUCUGGACGUAAAAGCUGCGAAAUAUUUCAUAGCAAAUGCUAAUAAGUCGUUGUCCACCAAACAAGCUUAGAUGAGGUAGAGCCAUUAUGAUUUUUUUCACUCUGGGGGGACACGCACAGAAAUUGGCUACCGUGGAUGAAUGACGGCAUGGUUAACCUCGUUUUGUACUUCUCCUAUUUCUCAAGUUGCUACACUUUCAUGGGGGUAAAUAGAUGAAGACCAAGUUGAAUACUGUUAUGAACACGCAGUUUUCAUGAGCAGGCAAUGCUGCCGGUGCUCCACGCAUGUCAACACGAAUUAUUCUCGAACAUUCCAAAAGACGAGUGUCAGAUUAUUACAGUUUAUUACUUAACUAUCCUUGAUACUCGGAUAUCUUGAGACAAGGAUAUGUUUAAGUUAAAGUUUUAAAUCACCUUUAUUUUAAUUUAUGUGUUGAUGAAAAGUUCUGUCUAAUGUAUAGCUGCAUCACAGUUCACUCCAGGGGGUGCCAUGAUGUAAUACAUUUCUGGGUUAAUACAGCUGUGCUUUAUUAACACUUCAGAUUCAUUUUGGUUGCUUUAACAACUUGUCUUGAGUAUGGCAGAUGCAUUUCCAAAGUCCAUUAUAUUGACCUCUGAUUUUGGGCGGUUACAUAGAACAUUUCUAAACCCCUAGGAUGUAGUUUAUCUAUAGGGGCUAUCCAGCAAAGCAAUGUAUGUUUGGGAAUAUAUUCCUUUACCAAUAUAAUAUGCAGGCCUACAUCUGCAGGCAGUUCUGCUAUUGCAUUAAAGCCUAGUUCAAGUUGAAAGUUCGAUACUGCACGUUUUAAGUUCUGAUUGUACAGUCACGCAUGUGACGUAUAUGUAUUGAAUCUUGAUCUAAAUUUGUGCUUGAAGCAUAUCGUUACGUUGUGAAAACUAAGUUGACAGUGAAAAGUUUCGGUGGACUCGGUGACCGAGUCUGUAUUGCAGAACAAACCUUCGUUUGAUAAGGGUAUGCCCUCUUCUGCUUUUGUAUAUUUUUUAUUUAUUUAUUUGCUUCCGUUGUUGUUUUAUCCCCUCCCCUAUCAAUCUACCUGAAGUCUUUUGCCAUUUCCGCGUGCACAUCAUUCUGCCUCCACGCUGCGUUCGGAGACAACAAGGAGCUAGGGGGACAGGGCAGCCGCUUCAUCUUUCUCCGCCCACAUACCGCACUUGACCAAUUCAAGCAAUGGAGAGGACCUCGUCUGACCAAUAGCGCACAAGCUGCCGUGGCGUCGGAUAGCAACAGAACCUACGAACGCGCACUAGGGGGUGGAGAAUGAGAUGUCGGUGAACGCGCUUUAGGGGGAGGGAGGGAGUAGGAGAAGGAGAACUCGGCGAAUAAGAAGGUCUGUGUGCGCGCUUUAGCACAGAAAAGUUGCAAUAAACUUUAAGGGCACUUGAUUAAAUUAAACCAUCACUUCAGAACAUAUAAAAAAAUGUAUUCAAGAGCCAUGCACAGAGAUUUAGAAUAUACACUUGCAAUCUUUUAAAACAGUUAUUUAGCAUACACCUAUUGUAAAACGAACAGAAUAUGAAUCAGAUGCGAAUUGGAGCUCUUCACGCCUGACUGAAUCCAUCAGAUAUCAGAAAAUUAGCCUAUAAUCUAAGGUUCCCCUUAUCAUCAGUCAAUAGUCAAAAUUGCAUUCUUUAUUGGAUCUUUUUUCUCUUCGAUCGUGCAUUUAAGGGUGGCCACGCUCGAUCUAUCUAAAUAUAUAUAUAUGUGUAUAUGUGUGUGUGUGUGGUACAGUAUAUAUAUAUAUCUGCGGAGUAACUAUAAAUGGAGAGAACCGGCUUGUUGGCGCAACUACGUAGGGUAAGGGGGAAGCCAAAAUAUGUUUGGGUUGACCUGAUCAACCACUUGUGUCUUGCAUAGAACAAUUUGGGAAAUGUGUUUGAUAAAAGUGUGCGUCAUCUUCCCUAUAGCUGUUCCAUGACUCUCCCAGUAGCUCCGCUUCUUUGGGUGUUAAAACAUUUAUGCGCGAAGAGCUGCGUCAACCGAGCUCCUGUCAGGAGCAUAUCUCAGAUGUCCCCCUUUCCACCCCCCGCGCUUCAAUAGCUGUUGGAACAAUCCUCAUUGCAGGGUGUGGAUCCGGAGCCGGACAGAGAGGCUAGUCAACAGGGAGUAAUAACGGAAAGGGGCGAAUAUGACUUAAACCAGCCCGAGUCGGAAAUAUUCUCGGACAAAAUUCUUGCGGGAAGAUUCUUAAGAGUGAAAAACUAAAACACGGCGACUGUAGUGCUCGCAAAGUCAAGUAGACACACAAGAGGAUAGCGACUGGCAACGGAGCCCUACGCGGAAGCUUCAGACGAUCAGGCAGGAUGGAAGUAACAACACAGGAAAAAAUCUUUGUAGUUUUUGUUGAUCCCGACAUUAAGUAGCUCGGCUCCGUGAAGAAAUCUUGAGGUACAAAUCUGACUACGCAAGAUAACGCUUGUUUUUAUUAACUGUGGCCGAUCGUGUUAUUGUUGGGGAAUGCAUUAACGGGAAUAAGGACAGUUACUUGCAUUGUUGUUGUGAAGUGAGCUGUCAUUACUUUCUCGCUAAAGGAAACCUGGGGACCCGUGGACCGUGUGGAUUUCCCAUGAUAUUCAAGAGCACUGCGUCUACAUAAUACAGCUUUUGGUGAAGCUGAAACAACAGGGUUCAUUUUUGUUAUUGUUUUGAGGACCUGUUACGAAGAAAACAAACGUUGGCUUUGAUCGUGAGCCUCGUCAUUAGGAAUUGUCUUCAUCCGUGUCGCUGAGAUUUUGGGAAAGCUCUCACGAAAGACAUCAAGAUUUUUUUUUUUUUUGAAAGCAGUCGUUAAUGUUGUGCCUGUGACAUCGGUCGCACCUCCGCACUUUGCUUCGUUUCGUUACUUUGUGUGGUCUUUGCAUGCACGUGUUUGUUUCCUCUUCCUUCAACAUUAUUCACGAGCUUUAUGCUGUUUUGAGCCUCGUGCCCCCUUUCACCCCCCUCCUUCGACCUGCCAGCACAUAAGGUCACCAUUUGACAUCUGCGGACUUUGCUAGCGUUAGUUCCGUGAAAGGGGGAAGGGUGCAUUUUUGUUGCUCUGUGUCUAGCAGGGAAGACUAAAAUCAACGUUUAGGUUUUAUAAAUACAUAAUAUACAGUAUAUAAAUAUCUGUUAUUUUUCUGGUGUUCAGCUUUCCCCCUUGAAUUGUAUCCUCUGACUAAGAUUAACCAACUGGUUUUCCUGUUGAAGGAGAGGAAAUCGGCCAAUGUUUUACGUUUGUUGUCACCUACCUGCUUUAUUGUGACUGAUUAGUUCACCGUAGGUAACCUAGACGGAAUAUAAGAAGCCACUGCUAUUUUUAGUGAGAGUGAUGGGGUAAAUGGUGUUGGAAAUUGAGACCCCCCACCCCCUACCCCCAGCCUACCAACACUUCCAGGUUUAGCUCCGGUUCCCUUGUCAGCUGCCGAAUCAUCCUGACUGGAAAAUUUAAGUGGGGGUCCUGGCCCAACAAGGUUUUCACCUGUCUACCAUUGAAACAUACUUUUUUUUUAAUUUUUUUUUUAUCUUGAGCUGCAGAGAAACUUUUUUUUCCUAUUCUAAUGGGACUUGUGAAACAACUGUAGCUGUGAAGUAGAUACCUUUUGUAACCAAAUAAUAUCAACAUAGAGCAGAGAAGAAAUAUAUACAAAUAUAAAUAUACAUAUAUAUCUUAAUAGAAAGAGCAGAGAAAUAUAUAUAUAUAUAUAUAAAUUAUAUAGCAAAUACAUAGUUUAAGUAAAUAUAUUUUUACGUCUAAAGUGAGCAUUGUUGCCUGAAACCCAAGUCAUUGCCUUAGAGAAACGUAGUAAUAAAGGGAAAAGUAUUGACAGAAGUGAAUCUGUUUGGAAACAAGUUAACGGUGCCUUUUCGUUCAUCAGCUCCUUCUGUCUCUGUCGCUUCAGGAUUUCAUUAGUAAUUGAAGAAUAUUUUGUGGUAAACCCAAGUGAGAUCCCUAUGUAUACCUGCCUUUUACGGUUCAAACUUGAGUUUUAUUGCUGUUGGAUGUACAGUGCUGGAUCGAAGAACUUCUGAAGAUUUAUUUGGCAAGGAUUACUUGAUACUUGAUGUGUCCACAACUCUCUCCAAAGUAAUUUAUCGGGAUCCACACACCUAUAAACUUGAUUGACUCGAUUCCUGGGAUACCACGGCCCCACAUAAGCGUUCCCGAUGGUGAUCACUUCGUCAGUGGAGGAGAAGCCGCAGCCUUCUAACAGAAUGGUCGCAAAUUUGCCGACCGAAACCUGGAUUGGCAACCCAGAUCAGAAUCGCUACAUACCCCAGUCACACCUGCUACGGAAGCCUACAAGAAGUGGAAGCAGCUCAGGAUGCAAGCCCUCCUCCUCUACCCUCUGCCAGCCUGCCGCCUUGGGCUUCUCCCCCGCUGAGCCAACCAUGUCGAGCCAGCACAGCCACCCCUCCUUCAACAUCAACUCCAUGGCCGAGCAGCAGCAGGUGCUGUCAGAUAUGACCAUACUGCAGAGGAGGAUCCCCCCGAGUUUCCGAGAUCCCGCAAGCGCCCCGCUGAGAAAGCUCUCUGUCGAUCUCAUCAAGACUUACAAGCACAUCAAUGAGGUGUACUACACUAAGAAGAAGCGGCGUGCCCAGCAGGUGCCCCCUGAGGACUCCAGCACCAAGAAGGAGCGCAAGGUCUACAAUGACGGCUACGAUGACGACAACUACGACUACAUCGUGAAGAACGGGGAGAAGUGGCUGGACCGCUACGAGAUUGACUCGCUCAUCGGCAAGGGUUCCUUUGGACAGGUGGUGAAAGCCUAUGACCACCACGAGCAGGAGUGGGUGGCCAUCAAGAUCAUCAAGAACAAGAAAGCCUUCCUGAACCAGGCCCAGAUUGAGCUGCGGCUGCUGGAGCUCAUGAACAAACACGACACAGAGAUGAAGUACUAUAUAGUCCACCUGAAGAGGCACUUCAUGUUCCGGAACCACCUGUGCCUGGUGUUCGAGCUUCUCUCCUACAACCUGUACGACCUCCUGCGCAACACCAACUUCCGUGGCGUCUCCCUCAACCUGACGCGCAAGUUCGCCCAGCAGCUGUGCACGGCACUGCUCUUCCUGGCCACGCCCGAGCUCAGCAUCAUCCACUGCGACCUCAAGCCCGAGAAUAUCCUGCUGUGCAACCCCAAGCGCAGUGCCAUCAAGAUUGUCGACUUUGGCAGCUCCUGUCAACUGGGCCAGAGGAUUUACCAGUACAUCCAGAGCCGAUUCUACCGGUCUCCAGAGGUGUUGCUCGGUAUGCCGUACGACCUGGCCAUAGACAUGUGGUCCCUGGGCUGCAUUCUGGUGGAGAUGCAUACGGGCGAGCCGCUAUUCAGUGGCUCCAAUGAGGUGGACCAGAUGAAUAAGAUCGUGGAGGUGCUGGGGAUCCCUCCCAACCACAUGCUGGACCAGGCCCCCAAAGCGCGCAAGUACUUUGACAAGCUGUCCGACGGCCUGUGGACCGUCAAGAAGAACAAGGACAUUAAGAAGGUACUAUAUCCCUCGGCCUCCGAGUACAAGCCCCCAGCCACACGGAGACUCCACGAGAUUCUGGGGGUGGAGACAGGGGGCCCCGGCGGGAGGCGUGCCGGGGAGCAGGGUCACGCCCCGUGCGACUACCUGAAGUUCAAGGACCUGAUCCUGCGCAUGCUGGACUACGACCCCAAGACGCGCAUCACGCCCUUCUACGCCCUGCAGCACAACUUCUUCAAGAAGACCACGGACGAGGGCACCAACACCAGCAGCUCCACCUCCACCAGCCCUGCCAUGGACCACAGCCACUCCACGUCCACCACCAGCUCCGUGUCCAGCUCGGGUGGAUCCAGCGGUUCUUCCAACGACAACCGGAAUUACCGGUACAGCAACCGGUACUACAACAGCGCGGUCACUCAUACAGACUACGAGAUGCAGAGUCCACAGGCUCCGUCUCAGCAGCAGUUGCGGUGGCCAGGCGGCGAGGCGGGCGGUGACCCCCAGUACCCCCAGCUGCUGCUCCACAAGCCGGCCGCCACGCAGCACUCGCGCCACUUCAUGAGCGGCGUGGGAGGGGGCAUGAUGGAGACGCACCACCCCCACCCCAUUUACGGCGGUCACCACAGCAACGGGCGCCAGCUGCGGCAACAGCAGGGUCAGCAGAACCAGCCGCAGGGCCAGAGCUCGCAGCCCGGCCAGCAGGGCGGCGCUCUCCUGCCCGUGUCGCCCCCGCAGAUGCAGGACAGCAUCGAGCUCAGCCUCACACACCACCACCACCUGGGUCAGUCUUCCAUCCUGCAGCCGCCCCCACCGUCCAGCCUGGACUCCAGCCAGUACGGCUCCUCUAACCUCCACCUGGGCCUCUCUGCCUUUCGGACUAGGACGGUCAUGGGCGCUCAGCCCCCGCAGGCCGCCUCCCAGCAACAGUUGGCCCAGACGCCGGCCUCUCAGGACAGCAUGGUAGCUGCCUCGGGCCUGGGCUACAUCCCCCCGUGCUACCCGGGCAGUAACAACAAUAACAACCCCCCCCAGGGCAGUGUGGGGGUGGGGGGCGGCCUACUCACCGGGGGACCUCCGCCUAGAGGAGUCGGGGGCGGAGGGGGGCGGCCCGAUUCCGAGGAGUCGGCCAUGAUGGGCGUGUGCAGCAGUGGAGGUGGCAGCGGUCAGAAUGCAGCCAACUCUUGAUAAAUCUUGAACAAAUUCCAAAAGCCAUACAAAAGUUUUAAAGGAUAAAAAACAUAAAAAGGAUGAUUCAACACGCAUUACGGACGCAUAUAGUAACACACCUACACCUGACACACAGACGACACAUACACACACAUGGCCACUCAUGACAGAAAUGCAGAGAUAAACUUGUGAAAUAUCAAAGGAUUUUUUUUUGUUUUCUUUUUUUUUUGUUUGUUUUGUUUUCUUUUGCAUGGGGAGAAGUUGGAGGGAGGGGGAGUGGGGAGGAUUUGAGAACCUUUGUAUCCUUUUUUCAGUUGAAUUUUUUUUUUUUUUUUUUUUUCUGUUGAAAGAAUGGAGCAGAGGGCUGAAGUGGUUGGAAGUGAAAGUUUCAGAAAGUUUGUUUUUACAAUUAUUAUUAUUAUUAUUAUUAUCAUUAUUAUUAUUAUUAUUAGAUUUUAUGUGAUUUGAGGACAGGUUUGCAGCGAGAUUUCUGUUUUGAGGGUUUUUUGAGUGUGGGACAUAGGGGGCGGAGGAAGGAUUGAUGUGAGAAACAGAAUGUGGUGCUCAAGAGAAAAAGCAAGAGAGAAAACCCUUUUUUUCGACUUAUGGUCUAGAAGUAAUUUUUACAAUUUUAAUUUAUUGAAAAUCACUACAUGCGGAGGGAAACGGAGAUUGGAAAAGAGUUCAAAUUUUGAGAGGUGGGUAUUUUUCUGGGGAUUAUUUAUUCAGUGAUUUAAUUUAUACAGUUUAUAAUUUUUUUUAAACCUUUUUUUUGAGGGACAGAUGACACUUACGCAUACACAAGACAAGAUUUUUGACUUUUUUUUCAGUUGAGUAUAUCCCACUUUCCCACUGUAACCCCCCCUUCCCCCCAAACACACACAAGACACACACACACACACACACACACACACACCCUCGACACAUAACGGCAAAACACUUUUGUUACUUUUUUUAUGUUUCCAAUCUUCUCUCGCUUGACAACACUGGCUUAUAUAUCUCGAAACUUAUGAAACAAAAAACCGUACAAAUAAAAAGUAAAAAGCAAAUGAAAAGCAAGCGUAGUCACACCACAACGAGAGAGUGUCAGCUGGCGGAGGCUGAGACCCCAGCCGCUCCCACGAGGAGAGGGGGAAACCGAACUCCCGCGUCACCGCUACGGAGGAAGUGAUGCGAGGAGCACGAAGAGGAGAAAAAGAAAAAAAAAAACCACAUAAACAACAACAAAACAUUUUGCCAGAAGGAAAACCAAAAUGCUUCCCUGUUGUUUGUUUCAAAAUAGUCUGCCUUCUACUUCGCCAUCUCACCAGACUGUCUCUCGCUCUCCAUCUCUCUUUCUCUUCCCCUCCUCUCUCACACACACACACACACACACACACGCUCUCUCUCUUUAGCCCUAUGUCUGUCUCUUUGGGUUUUUCAUUUUUUUUUCUUGACUCAUUUUUUUGUUUUUUGGACAGAAAACUAUGAAAAAUAACCAUUUUUGUUUCUUGUUAAUUAUUAACUCGAGAUAUGCUAAGCCAAAUCUUGCUCACUCCCCUUCUCUCUCGCUCUCUAUCUAUCUAUCUAUCUAUCUAUCUCUCUCUCUCUCUCUCUCUCUGUCUCUCUCUCUCUCCUCUGCUGAUCUCUUACUUCCCUCUGCCCCGUGUUUCUGUUUGAAGGAGGUGGAGGGGUCUGUGUUUUUUGCAGGAGGACGGAGUACAUAUAUGUGUGUAUAUGUUUCUAUAUACAUGAGGAGGGGACAUCUUUCACCCCCCGAUCCCCUAAUAGCGCUCCCGCUCCCUCUGACUCUUGACUUCGCAUCUCUCCCUCCUGUUUUCUCUCUCGUCUGUUCUCUCCCUCCUCCCUCCUUCACAACACUCUGUGAGUGCUGUAUGCCAUCAAGUCAAAAAAAGUGAACUACUUCUCUCUCUCGGCUGCUAUCUCCACUCUCAACCAUGUUCGGAUUGCUGCUAAAGAAAAACAGACAGAUAAAUAAAUGAAAAAUAAAUAAAUAAAUAAAAAUGAAUAAA